UUGAUAUCGGUUUGAUUUCACUUUAUUGUCAGAAUUUUCCUCUGAAAUGUGUCUCGCCUUCCAAGAGUUACAGUUUCACAAAACAAUUGAAUACAACAUUUAACCAUUAAUCACAAACACAUUUCUUAACCAAUCAACAAAAGCUACAUUAAUCAGUCAACUUGCACUGCGUGAGACUAGAGGUUCAUUUUAAAAUCUUUUAUUUUAAACUCUUGUCCUGGAAGCAAUAUUUCACAGGAAUGCUGUCUUACAUAAUUGACCCAAGUCGAGUCAUUCUUCAAGAGAAAAUAUACUGAGCAAGAUAGUGCAUCUUACUUAAAGGAAGUAUUGUGUGUUGCAGUGGGAAGGCCCACGUCCGUCAUCUGGGAAGGGGCGGCAGUCACUGCAGCCACACACUGAACACACAGCAGACAGCUUCCUUCAUCGCAAUAUAAGGAUGUGUCUCCCAAGCGUCCUCGGCCGAAUAAAUCUCACUGAGGCACUUUGAAAGGAUUUACUUGCUUUUCCAAUUGUGUGGGAGCCAGUCACAAGAGGCAGAAUGAGGGACAUGCUGGAGAGGCUCCGCACCAUCAGUGAGGAGGAUGAGGACUACGAACCAGAGAUAGACAGAUAUGAAUAUGAUGUGGACAAAGUGACUCUGCCUCAGCAGGCAGUGGUUUUUGAGAACUCCUCAACCAUUGAAGACAUCCUGAAGGAGGCCCACUCCAUACGCAGGGAGAUCUCCUUGCUCCACUUAGAGGUGCAGCGUCUGAGCACCCAUAACGAACGCUUUGGCACCUCUGUGCGGCGCCUCACUCUGCUCAAAAAGGAUUCCGACUCCAUCGCCAGAGGGAUCCAGCACCGUGGGGAGGGCCUGUAUGCUCGCCUUCAGGCCCUGGGUAAAGAGAGCAGCCAGCUGGAGGAGAGGGAAGGUCCCAACUCUGCUGUUAGUCGCAUAGCCCGAGUUCAGCAUGACACACUGACCCGGGCCUUCCACGCUGCCAUGACUGACUACAACAAGGCAGAGGAGAUUCAGAGGACUACGUGUCGGGGGAGGAUCCAGAGGCAGGCUUCAAUACUGGGGACUGAAAUCACUGAUGAUCAGCUGGAUGUGAUGGUGCACAAAGGUGGUGAGGGAUGGACCGAGCUGUCCCAGAGCCUUCAGAUGCAGGGCGGACGCUCGUCACGCUGGGCGAUGUGUGAGAUCAAAGGCAGACACAAGGAGCUGGUGGAGCUGGAGGCCCGGCUGAAGGAGGUGCACGAUCUGUUCCUGCAGAUGGCCGUGCUGGUGGAGGAGCAGGGAUCCAUGCUCAAUAACAUUGAGACCAACGUGCGCACCACUGACGAAUAUGUGGAAAAGAUCAACGUCCACAUCAAGACGGCGUUAAAAUACAAGAAGAAAAACCCUUUUCUCCAGUGCUGUCCCUGUUUACCCUGUUGGAGAAACGAACAAGCUUUGUAGGGCUUAUUUGGAUUUUUAUGGACGACUGAAAAAAAACAUUGAACUGUGUAAUAAGUAAUGGACAGCUGAAAAGCUUCUAAUGCAAUGAGUUUAUUUCAUGGUAAAUCUAAGCGUUACAGCGUCAUGACUUGCCAAAUUUGAUUUACAAGAGAAUAACUGAUCCUUCUGUUUGGAUCUAAAAAUCAAUCCAAUAGUGGUUGUCUGCAUUUAAUUUUAAAAAUGUUUAAAUUGAAGGUGAAUCGAUUAAGCAGUACUAUGAUGUGCAAAAUAAAUAGUGUUUCAGUGAAUUAAAAAA